AUGGUGAUUUCCGGAGGGCUUGAGCUGUCGCCAGAGCGCGCUGCCGCCUCGUCGGCUGUUGCGGCAAAUUCCCGGUCGGUGGCCGAAAAGGCGACCACGGCGACGAAGCCCCCUGUGCCGCCGGCUCUGAAGCCCAUGACAACAACCUCUGAAAAGCCUCCUCCCCCCGUACCCGCAGUUCCUGUGGCGGUGGAUGCGUCGGUCCAAUCUGCACCCGCUGCUGUUCUGGCGGCUUUGGCUACUGCUGCCGUCCCUCCGGCUCUCCUCCUUGUGCCGUCAGCGUCUGUUCCCACUGAUACUGCCAUUCGUCCGCCCGCUCCCAUCCCUGUCGCACUUGCUGCACCGCUCGAUGUCGUCCCCGUCGAGCCAACUCCGGCUGCUGUCUCGUCGCCGCAGGCGGCGUCCGCCACCACUGGCGGCCACGUCCAGUUUGGGGCGCCCUUGGUGGUGCGCCAGUCUGCACCCGUCUCCCUGCCGGCGGUCUCGAUGGAACAGCAGUUGCGCCCCCAGUCGCCGGACCGCCGCUCGUCUCGCCCUCAUUCUCCUGCACGGCGCCAGGAGAGGGAGUCGUCACAACGCCGACGUGAAUAUCCUUGGCGUCCCCGCCAGCAGGCGUACGGGCCUGCUCAACACGGUGGUCAUGGUGGCUGGUGGGGUCCCCACGGUCGCGGUGGUGGUGAGGCGUAUAAUCCGCCUGUGAGGAUGGCAGAUCUGCAGCGGGUUGUGUCCAAUGAGAUGCGCGAGGAACGGGCGGCGCAGAUUCACAGCAGUUCGAUGCGGGCCGCGCUGGCGUAUGUGGCUCCCCGUCAUCUUGUGCUUCUUGUGAAUCCGCCGCCAGCCGCUGCUCUCCAUCCCCUUGUUCCUGCCCCGUCGUCUCCUGCUCCUGCCGCCUCGGCUCCUGCUCCCGCUGCCUCAGCUCCUGCUCCUGGGUCUCACCUUCGCCUACCGCUGGUUCCGCAAGUGGCGGGUGUAGAGUUUGUGGCUGCGAGAGGAGGAGCGGCAAGGGCGCAGUACCCUCCUCUAGUCGCUGGUGGUUCAGCAUCUCUUGCUGCCAAUGAGCCGCUUCCGUUCUUGGCGGAGGCGCAUCAGCCGCCGCAGGCCCGUGUUCUUGAGGCGACGCUAGGCCAGCUCUUCCGCCUUGUGGAUAGCCUUCACGCGUUGCUGCUGAUUCAGGUGCUGGCUCACUCGUCGCUCCCUGCGAUUCCUUCUGAAUCGUUCCAUGACCGUCCGCGUGAUGUUUGCUUGGACGUGGCAGACCAGCUCGCGCUGCUGCUGGCGCCCGUGUUGGCUGCGCCCUCAGAGGGUGGCGUUGCGACUGCGGGACACCUUGACGAGGCUCGGGGUCGUUCGUAUGAGGUAUCCUACACGGCGGCAGAUGCAGCGUGUGAGGAGGAGGGAAGCUAUCUGCGGGUCUAUGCGCUCGAUCAGAGUACUCUCUCUCCUCGUUCUCCUCCUCGCUGUUGCUGGUCGGAGCUUGUUCCUCCCUAUAAGAAGGGUCGGUUUGCUCCUCCGGAUCAUCAUUCCCGUCUAGACGAAUUAAAGCCCUACGUGCAGCCGUCUGGAAUGCAUUCUCCGGUCCACCUUCCACUCUCCGCCCUUCCCGGCGUUCUGCUCCUCGUCUCCUCCCGCCUCGCGAUGGUGAUUGCUGGCGACUCGUGGAUAUCGCCAAAGCCCGCUGCCUCUGCGUCAGUGGCAAGCGGAAGGUCACCGCCGGUGUCUGCCUCGGGGAGUGUUGCAAUGAAGCCGCCAGUCCCCCCUGCCCCGAAACUAGCCCCCUUGGCCGCCGGUUGCCCUGCGCCUCCGGCUCCGGGCCUCGUGUCGUGUGAGACGCAGGCUGCUCCAUACCCUCCUGCUCUCCCAACCCCUGUUGUUGUUCCGCCUGUCCCUGUGAACCCUGCGGCACCGACUGCUGCCGCUGAUCCUGCUCCACCACUUGCCCCUGCUCUUGACGCCCCGAUGGUCGGCGCUGCCCCUGCUGGCGCCGUGGCGUCGCAACCGGUGGUGUCCGCCACCACUGACGGCCCGGGCCAGGUGGCAGUCUCUGUUGCUCCCGCCCCUCCGACUGCGCCGCCUCCCGUGCCGGCCCCAGACGUCCAGGCGGUGCCUGAUCCUGCGCCGCUCGCUGCUGUUCCCCCUGCUCAGCGUCAGCCAUCUCCGGGCCGCCGGCAGCAUCGGCCUCACUCCCCUGCGGCCCGGGACGAGCGAGAGACGACGCGGCGGCGACACGAUUCUCCUCGGCGCCGAGGGUCCCAGGCGAACUGGGCUGCGUCACGCGGCGGUCGCGGUGGCUGGCGGGGGGGGCGCGGUCGUGGUGGCGGCUGGGCGUAUGACCAGCCAGUAACGAUGGCUGAAUUACAGCGUGUUGUCUCUGAUGCGGUGCGACUGGAGCGAAACGGGCAGGCGAGCCAGAGCAACUCGCCGCGCGUCGCUCCAGCGCAUGCGUCCCGUCCUCCGUCUGCGCCCGAUGAGCCUGCACCUCCCCUUCCCCAGUCAGCCGUUCCCCCUCCCCUAGCUCCCUCUGCGUCUGCCACUGCUCGUGGGAACCGGAUGCGCCUGCCGUGGGUUCCUCCUGUGGCGGGUAUGGAGUUUGUGACCGCGGCUAGAGGAACGGUGACGGCGCAGUAUCCCACUCUACUGCCUGUUGCUCCUGCUCCUCCGGCUGUAUCGGUGCCCGUACAGUCAUUGGUGGGGCCCCUUCCGUCAGCCGAGGUGCCGGAGGCGUCGCUGGGGCAGCUGUGGCGCCUCUCUGAGGGUCUGCGGGCAGUGCACCUGAUUCAGGUGUAUGGUCACGCGGCUCUCUCCCAGGGUGCCCAUCUGGACCCUGGCCCUUGGGACGAGUGCCUGGAUGCCGCGGAUCGACUGGCCGAGCUCCUGGCGCCCGUGUUGGCUGCGCCCGCGCGGGGUGGAGUUGCGGGCGUUGGACAGCUGGGGACGGCGGUCCGUGGUUUGCGCCGGUUGUUGCGCGCGGGCUCUGCCGUCGACUUGAUCGGCGCACCGACAGUGGUGGUGCGCGAGCUUCAUCGUUCUCUGACGGGUCUUCUCACUGUCCUUGACGCGGAUCAGAUGUAG